AUGUCAAGCUCAGACUCUGAAGGAGAGAAGACUCUCUCUCGUCGUCAAACCAUUUUGAAAGGGGCAGAUAACUUCAAGGAAUGGGAACAUUCAAUCCUUGCUCAAUUAAUUCAGAAAGAUCUGGACGAUGUCAUCCAGUCCGACGCACAGACUCCUGUUGUGCUGGAAGAGAGGAAAGCAUGGGAAAAAGAAGAUAGGAAAGCAUGGGCAGCCAUUGACGAAUCUAUCGACUCAUCAAUCCAUAACGUUCUCCCUCCUCACCUCCUUGAUAUUACUUCUUCCUCCGCUUCCUCUCCAUCAGGCCUGAAGGCCAAAUCCCUCUAUGACCAUCUUCGACUCAACUACCCUGCCGCUCGUUCCACCCGCAAAGCAGAACUAUAUCGUAUCAUCUGGCAUACCGACAUUGAAGAAGCCAAUCCAAUCACUUCUAUCUCGGCAAUGCGACGAGCUUAUAACGACCUCACUGCUUCCUCGGUAUCCAUGGCAGAUUCCCAACACAUGCUUGGGGAUCCUUCGUCCUCCGAGGUUAUCUCAGCAAUCAACGAUGAGUUUAGAAGGAGACAGACACAGGAGACAAGUACGCUGGCUCUGGCAGCUAAGCUACCCAAGUCUUCAACUCAAGCAAAGUGGAAUAGACAGAGAUAA